CUCAGCUCUGCAGCAGGGGAAUAUGACCAGUUCUCCCAUACGUCACUUUGCUUAUAAAAAGUCCCAGUGCCGCACCUAGGACUCCGUCGGGGUUUGACCAUGCUUUCUUGCUCAAGUGACUGCUCCUGGACCCUUGCUUUGAUCGCGGACUUGUGUAGCUGAGUUGAUCUAAUCUAUUGUUCCCUAGGUACAAGCAUACAUCGUGCAUUUAAUAAGUUCUGGGGACGUCAAUCCACACAAGCUCUAUUACGCAAAUAAAGCACCAAAGUCGCUCAUUAUUUAAAUCCAACCUGGAUUUCUAACUUGAUCUAGUAUCCCUGCUUUCAAUACAUAAAAUGACCGAAGCACUCCUCCCUCAUGGUGUUCACUCAUCCAACAACCCAAUUACAGCUUCAGGUCCUGGGGGACCUGACAUGAGCGAAACCACCCUUGCCAAAUUGUCCCGUGCACAGCUGCAAAAGGUAGCUAAGGCUCAUAAAGUAAGAGCGAACAUGAAGAGCGCGGUGAUAAUUGAAGAGUUAGUAAAACUCAGCAAGUUUUUUCCGUUGAUUCAAAACGAAGAGAGCGAGAAACCUCCGAAAAAGAAGCCCCGAACAACGGAAAGUCCUCCUGCUGCUGGUCCCUCAAGACGAACCACAGACUUACCUAUGGACACAAGUUUUGAUUACCCCAUCAUCCAGGAUGAUCCUCCCAAAUCCCUCCUAAUUCUUGCAGCCGUUACUCCGGUAAAAGCAACCAAAAAAUUUCCUAGCAUAGCGCUUCAAAAUCCAGGGGGAAAGUCGCCAAGCCUUUCACCGCUAAUGGGAAGCCUCAAUGGGCGCCUAGUUGUAGAGGAUAUUUCUAGUGAUUCAGGCGGCUCGUACUUGUCCUACGGAAGUGCAAGUCAGCAGGGAUGUUACGAAUAUCCCAUCAGCCCGCGUGCAGGAACGCCUCCUCCAGAAGAACCACAGAUGCUCAACCGGGCCGUGAACAUCAUGAAGCAGAUUACAGCUGACGACCAACGUGUUCUUACCCAGGCCGCCGCUCUCCGUCAAAGAGCGGUGGGGCUGAAAGAGCAGGCGAAGAAUGCCCGGCACGUUGUACGCGCCGAGCAGGGGCGCCGUGUGAGGUUAGAAGCAUACUUCGCGCACUGGAGGGACAUUACGCCCAAAUGGCCGAAAGAUUGGAUAUACGAAGAAGGCGAGGAGGAUCAGAUCCAAACAGAGUGUGUAUUGAAGGCUAUGACACCAACGUAUGUGCUCCCCUGUUAUUGACUUACUCGUGUUUCUGACGACUUGGUUGAUA